UAGGUAUCUCCAGAAGGUGCUGGAGCUCAGUUCCUGAUUCGUACUGGGUCUGUUGGCCGAAAUAGAGCUGAAGCCUCCUUGGAGCGAGCGCAGAAUCUCAACCCCAUGGUGGAUGUGAAGGUGGACACUGGGGACAUAGAGAAGAAGCCCGAGUCAUUCUUCACUCAGUUUGACGCAGGUCCCUGGCCAUGGACCAGCCCACUGGCCUGCAGGUGGACUAUGUCUUCCGGGGUGUGGAGCACGUGGUGCGGGUGGUGGUUUCCGGGCAGACCCUGGAGUUGGAAGUGGAGGACCGGAUGACGGCCGACCAGUGGCGGGGUGAAUUCGAUGCCAGUGUCAUCGAAGACCUGACUCACAAGAUGGGGAACUUCAAGCAGUUCAACAUCUUCUGUAACAUGUUGGAGUCAGCCCUCACCCAGAGCAGCGAGUCCGUCACCCUCGACCUGUUGACCUACACAGACCUGGAGUCCCUGCGGAGCCGCAAGUUGGGGGGCCGUCCGGGUGCCUUGGCCCCCAGGUCCGCCCAGCUCAACUCCAAGCGCUACCUGAUCCUCAUCUACUCCGUGGAGUUUGACAGGAUUCACUACCCGCUGCCCCUCCCGUACCAGGGCAAACCAGACCCCGUGGUCCUGCAGGGCAUCAUCCGCACACUGAAGGAGGAGCUGGGCCGCCUGCGGGGGCUGGACCGUGGCCAGAACCCCCGAGACACGAGGUAACACGGUGAUCUCUGGAGGCAGCACCUGCGGGAGCAGGUGUCCCGCCUGGCGGCGGAGAAGCGCGAGCUUGAGGCGCAGCUGGGCCGCUCGCGGGAGGAGGCGCUGGCCGGCAGGGCGGCGCGCCAGGAGGCCGAGGCGCUGCGCGGGCUGGUGCGGAGCUUGGAGCUGGAGCUGCGGCAGGAGCGCGGCCUGGGCUCGCGAGGGGUGGCCCGCCGCGGCCAGGACUGCCGCCGCCUGGCCAAGGAGCUCGAGGAGGCGAAGGCGUCGGAGCGCAGCCUACGCGCGCGGCUGAAGACGCUGAGCGGCGAGCUGGCGCUGUGCAAGCGGGGGAGACGGGCGCUGCCAAUGGGCCCGGCCCCGGCCCGGGAAGACCGGGCUUCGUCGUCCCGCGAGCGCUCCACGUCUCGUGGCCGCGGUGCCACCCGAUCCUCGUCGCGGGAGAGCGGCCGUGGGGUCCGGGGCCGAGGCCGACCCGCCCGUCCGUCACCCUCGCCCUCAGGUGGCCGCGCACCCCGUUUCGAUCCUACAGCCUUUGUGAAAGCCAAGGAGAAGAAGCAGAGAGAGAUCAGGGUGAAGCAGCAGCAGCAGCGCCACCGGUUGGGCAGUGGAGGAAGCGGGGACGGCCCUUCCGUCUCCUGGUCUCGGCAGACCCGGCCUCCAGCCGCUGUGACCGGCCGAGGGGACGCCGCGAGCGGCUCCCGGCACCGCAGCUCCUCGGUGGACAGCUUCCGCAGCCGCUGCUCGUCGGCCAGCUCCUGCAGCGAGUUCGAGGACUUCUCCGAGUCGCUGUCCAGAGGCCCCCGCCGUGGCCGCGGGAAGCCGCCCAGCCCCUCGCCCUGGAGCGGGUCCAGCCCGAAAUCCACUCCCCAGGAACGCCCCAGUCAUCAGAGGCGCCUGGCCAGUUCUGGAGGCUGGGUCCCUAUGAAAGAGUGCAGCUCCGACUACCGGGGCGCCGACAUGGCCGACAUAGACGCCCGCCUGAAGGCCUUGCAGGAGUACAUGAACCGGCUGGACACGCAGUCGUGACCUCGGAGAGGUGGCACCUCCACUUGUGGGUGUGGUGGGGGCAGGUCCCCACCCAUGCCCAGCUCCUCGGGCUCCUGAGGUCCCUCAGGUGUAUGCAUUUUGUAAAUAAACAUGUUUAUUCUUGGGA